AUGGUGCUAUCAACAAAACGAGUUGCUGUUAUCGGAGCUGGCGUCAGUGGAUUGGUAUCCAUCAAAUGUUGCAACGAUGAAGGACUCAGUCCAGUUUGUUUUGAACAAGGAGAUGAAAUCGCUGGUAUAUGGAACUAUCAUAAAAACCCACGUGAGGGCGAGGGCGCUGCUCUAUAUGAAGCCUUGGUGACAAACGCCAGUAAAAGCAUGAUGUGUUUUAGUGAUUUCCCCUUUCCCAGAGAAGCGCCACCAUACCUCAGACAUCAUCUGGUACUCAGAUACUAUCAACAAUAUGCUGAACACUUUGGACUUUAUAAAUUCAUCAAGUUUAACACCAAAGUAUUAAAGAUCACGCCAGUGCCAAACUUUUCCCAGACUGGUCAAUGGGAGGUAUAUGUAAAGACAAAUGGGCAGUCAGAACGAAAGGAAGUAUAUGAUGCUGUGAUGUGUUGUACUGGAUUAAACAGCUCCCCCUAUAUGCCAGAAAUAGAAGGAAUGGAUUUAUUUGAAGGAUCCAUGUUGCACAGCAAUAGAUUCAGAAGGGGUUCAGAUUUUCGAGGAAAAACUGUUGUAGUUGUUGGCGAUUCCUUUUCUGCAGGUGAUGUUGCCGUUGACACCAGUAGAUAUGCUAAACAGGUAAAGUAA